GAAGAAAUGAAAAUUUUAAAUUAAAUUAAAUUAUGACUGGCAAAUUACCUACUACGACGAUCUUAGAUUCUGCAUUUCCUCUGAUCUCCUACCAUCCGGCCAAGUUAAAAGAAAGGAAUCAGCCACGUGGCAAACAUAAAACCUUCCAUUGUUUCGUAUCCAGAGAUUUCCUCCGAAAUUGUUGGAAUAGGGGUAUGUCCGUCAAUUUAUCCAUGUGGACUCCAUUUGCAUGGUUACUCUCAUUCCAAGUUUUAAGUUACUCAAGUCUUAAAACACAGCUUCAGUUUUAUCUCCUCUCACAAAAGACAAAAAUGGCAGAGAAUCUGAUGCAUGCCGUUCAAUAUGUUAGUUAUGGCGGAGGAGCUGCCGGUUUGAAGCAUGUUGAAGUUCCGAUUCCCACUCCAAACCAAGAUGAACUUUUGUUAAAACUGGAGGCAACAAGUCUAAAUCCUAUUGACUGGAAAAUGCAGAAAGGGAUGCUGCGGCCAUUUUUACCUCUCAAAUUCCCCCACAUACCUGGCACUGAUGUAGCAGGACAAGUCGUAAAGGUUGGACCAGGAGUCAAGAAUUUCAAAGCUGGGGAUAAAGUUGUGGCCAUGCUUAGCCCUGCUACUGGAGGUGGACUAGCUGAAUUUGCUGUGGCUAAUGAGAGUUUGACAGUUGCAAGGCCACCACAAGUAUCAGCUGCUGAAGGUGCAGGUUUGCCUGUUGCUGGCCUCACAGCUCACCAGACACUUACCCAGUCUGCUGGAGUUAAGCUUGAUGGAAGCGGCCAGAAAGUAAACCUCCUGAUUACUGCUGCUUCAGGUGGCGUAGGUCAAUAUGCGGUUCAACUAGCAAAGCUUGGAAACACAAAUGUGACAGCCACUUGUGGGGCUCGGAACAUGGAUUUUGUCAAGAGCCUGGGGGCCGAUGAGGUUCUUGACUACAAGACUCCUGAUGGGGCGGCUCUGAAGAGCCCAUCUGGUCGCAAAUAUGAUGCAGUGAUCCACUGUGCAGUGGAAACUCCUUGGUCUACCUUUGAGCCUAAUUUGAGUGGGAAUGGGAAGGUAAUAGAUAUUACUCCUGGUCUUAGUGCUUUCAUGACUUUUGCCCUGAAAAAGCUUACAUUCUCCAAGAAGCAGCUGCAACCGGUGCUUUUGAUACCUAAGAAAGAGAACCUUGAUUAUCUUGUUAAGUUGGUGAAAGAAGGAAACCUUAAGACAGUAAUUGAUUCAAAGCAUCCCCUAAGCAAGGCUGAAGACGCUUGGGCUAAGAGCAUUGAUGGCCAUGCCACUGGGAAGAUCAUAGUGGAGCCUUGAGUUUAUGAAGAUAAACUUGAUACUGUAAUUUUAUACAAUUCUGCAAGUGCGGUUGCUUAUGGGCCAUGUUUAUAUUCAUAAGCAUUCACUAUUUCGAACAAUGCAGAUGAUGGCGUAAGUGUACAUCAUGUCUUUUGCUGGUAAUAAAAAAUAUGAUGUUUGGAGGUCAUGUUGCUGAAAGUUUAUCGUGUUUCGUUACCAAUUGCAGAUGAUACCAUGGAUGAUUAGGAUUUUUGAAAAUAAUGUUUAUGAAAUGUAUGUUUAAGAUUAUACUCUCGAUGUUCAGCAGUAUUUUCUGCAGCACUUUCUCACCAUGCAGAUUAUAAGAGAACAAAAUAAAAAAUAAAAGAGUGA